AUGUUGAUAAUGAAGUGGAUAGAAAUUUUAAUCCGUCUGCUGAUGAUAAUGGGUGUCAUUUGUAUCCUACUGCCCGCUGCCAUUCAAUGUGGACCAGUGCCAAAAAUCAACGAGCACGAAAUGUUAAUGCCGAAAGUACCACAAUGGCAUUGUCUGCGCUAUUUUAAACAUGACGUCUUAAUGAUGCGACGUUGUCGUCAUUUAAGAGUACCCACAGCACCACGUUUGGGUGAUGUGAAAAAGUGAGAAAUUCAAUA